AUGUCUGACGAUGAAGAUCAAAACGAUGUUGAUAUUUCUGUUAUAAGAAAAGCCAUCGAGAUAUCUGGUAAUAUGAUAGAACAGAUUUUAAAAGGAAUUCAUUAUGGUUCUCCGGAAGUACGCUGUCUUCUGUACAGCGAGUGUGAUUACAUCCUAGAAUGUAAAGUUUGUCGUAACCUUUUCCGAUCUCUGGCCAACUUCGUAGCUCACAAACGUGUUUAUUGUACCCUGGCCUUUCAACAGUCUGAUGAUUAUUUGAAUUUAGUUCACCCUGAUGAAGAAACGGUCGUAGUUCAUCCAGAAAUGCCGGACGACACUAAACAACAGAAACAGAAAAAGUCUGGCAGUAGAUCUCUGGAAAGUACGGUUCAACAACUUAAAGAUGGUUCCCUAGGUCAUUCAGCAGCUUAUAAACUCUUUUCUCAGGCAGCAGAUAAAAUAGAACAACAACGCGAAGCAGCCAAAACUCAGACCUUGACCUUUGAACCCAUACCUAACACCACUAAAGCCAUGAAAGUGACAGUAACCCCCGGUGUUCCGGAAGCACUAGAAGAAACAAUGAGUUUGGCGUCUGAAGCUUCCGAGUCUUCAAUACCAAGCACGUCAAAGUUAUCCCCCUUGCAGUCGUCUCCCACGGCAACGUUGAAAUCAAUGCUUUUAAAAUCCGCCUUGGAAGGAAACACCUCAGGAUCCUUAAACGCACAUCAAAACAGUCCAGAGAAAGUUUCAAUCAAACAAAACCCCAAGUCUGUGUUGUCCCCACCCAAGAAAAUGACUCUAAGAUGUAAAGAAGGAAUGAAGGGCAUGCCGUGGAAGAAGGGUCGGUCUGACAGUGAAAGCCCAAGUCCGAGUGCCGAGAACAAGAUGGAUUUUAACACGUUAGAAUGUCUAGAAUGUAACACAGCAUUCAGAUCCAAAAAAACUUUAAUUAUUCACUACCAGAAUGCACAUUGUGGAAAACGUACAUUUUUCCCUUGCCCUUUAUGUGAGAGUGUUUUUUUCUAUAUUUUUGGUCUGACAAGACAUUUGACCAAGGCUCACAACAAAACAAAGCUGCAAAUUGACAAGAUGCGUGCCAAAUUAAAGAAAAGCAGUUUUGUGAAAGAAGUCACAGAGCAAUGUCUAUCAGCUCGCGAACAGAUUCAACAUGUCAAAAACACAACGGUGACCUCUACGUCAAUUAGAGUUCAGACAGAUCCAAGCAAAUCAGAUCCAGGGGACAUUAUUCAAAGCACAUGUUUUCAGACGCCGAGCAAGGAAGACCACGUGUGUUCUAAUUGUGGUCGAGAAUUCGCCAAAAAAAUGAACUUGUUAAAUCAUAGGAAAAUUUGUCUCACCGAAGGGUGCACGUCGGUGACUAACACUGUUUCCAAAUCGGUCGGUUCCAAUGUUAGUAGCGUCAACACGGUGAGAAAAUCACCAGUAUUCACUUCAGCUAGUCAGAGCAGUUUAAAUUCUGGGUCUAAGUCAGCUUCAACCCCUGGUACUAACACCAAAUCGGUGACUCAUAUUGCUCGAAAAUCUCCAACAGUAGUGGUGUCAAAACUGUCAGAAGAUAAAACUGGACGUCCUUCAAAAACCAUCACUGAUUCAAAACAACUGGAUAAUGAUGAUAAAAAAAGAUCUGCGGAUUCUACGUCACCUUCAACAGAUGGGAAAGUUAUGGUGGAACGCCCCGAAGUCAAAUCAGAGCCAACUGAAAUCAAGAGACCCUUGGUAAAAACCACGGCCAGAAACAAAACUGGGUGUAAAUUUAGUCGACGUGUUGUCAGUCCCCCACCUCCAAAUCUUUUACCAACUGGUGGAUCAACGACAUCGUCACAGGCCACUGAGACAUCAACAGAUACACAGGAGCGAAAACCCCUCGUCAAGACAACAGCACGAUCAAAGAAAGGAUUUAAACCUCGUGUAGCAAAUCCUCGUAUGGACAUAGAUCAACUGGUGCAUUCUGGGAUUACAUCCUCGUUAGAUGGGAGCGACAAUUCAGAUGAUGAAACAGACGUUAAACCUGAAAUAUUUCUGGAAAUACAGAAUCCCGCGUCAGUCGUUCGUAAAUCUGUUCCAAAUUCAGAAAUAAAAGAUGAAACCCUCCAUGAAUUUGGUUCUGUGAAAAGAAAGUCUAAUGUAGUGGAAGAAAUUUGGGUGGACAAGUUGCCAGGGUUACCAACAGAGAAAGUUCGAUCCAAUCGAACAUACGUAGUGAAGUCAAGUACCCAUCAAAAACUGGAGUGUCAGGAUACAAAACGUUUACGAGAAAUUGUGAAUGAAACUAAUCUGGUGUGUAAACAUUGUAGUCUGGAAUUUAGUAACGUGUCUAAUCUCAGACGCCACGCUAUUCGUCAUUUAGGUUGGAAACGUUACAAGUGUAAAAUGUGUAAAUUCAGUAGUUAUAACAAAUCAGAAUGUAACACGCAUUUAAUACGUACGCAUUCAAAUCGUUUUAAAAACGUCUCGUCUAUAAAUAGUUUGAUUGUGGAUUUAGGAAAGGAAGGAUCGAGAAUGCGUUCUCGGAAAAAACAACAGACAUUGUUUGAAAGACAGGCUGCAGAAUGCGCGGAGGCUGGUGAAGAUGUCUAUGUCACUGACACGAGUUAUAAACGUUUCAAUAAGAAAGGGAAAUCAGAAGAACUGAAGGUUUCGCCACCCUCUAAAAAACGCUUGAGAGGAGAAAAGGGAAGUGACAUCACUCCGUUUAAUAUAUCAACCAGAAAUUCUCCACGUGAAUUUGAUAUCAGACCCUAUAAGAAAUUAGACCCAACCACGACAUUAUGUACGCGGAAAAGUUCUUAUCCGAAAAAGAUCACGAUUAAUUCGAAAUUUCACGAUGAUGAUGAUAGCCACGAUGAAGAUGCUGAUUCACGGUCUUCAUUUUCUCAAUCCAGUCAGUCGUCAAAGUUGAGCAGAUCGGACUCGUCAUAUUAUACAGCAUCACAGAGUAGUGCUAGAUCAAAAAGUGACGUUGCUCAUGUCAGUGAUACAGACUCGGAAAUAUCAGUUAGGAGUAGGAAUAAAUCAAACGUUGACAGUCCUCAAACACGGAGAUCAACUCGCGUGGGACAUGACCCCAGUGAACUUAGAGCUGCUCGAAAUUUAACACCAGAUCUUCUGAACUAA